AUGAAAAAGCUAGCCAGGCAGAGAAGUAAAGAACAAAGGGCGAUUCUUCGCCUUCUGCUUGUCCAUGUGGACAGCGAAAGUCACACAAACAAUAGAGAAAAGAUCCUAAUGGUCAAUUUAAUAAGGCUAAUUGAAAAGGAUGCGAUGGAACUUUUUUCCUGCUUUCCAAAUAUUUGGAAAGGAAAUAACUCUGCUUUUUUUUUUUACAUUUUGGCGGCACAACAUGUUGAGAAAAAUUUGAGCAGCAUUUUUUUUUCCCUCCUUAAAGUUUCACAGAGCGCUUACAAAAAUAUGUACAUAGCUUUGCUGCUGUUCAGUUCGAACGACUUUGAAACGAAAAUGAGAUGUCUAAAGUUUAUUUUUAACCAGUGUGUUUUUAAUGAUUGGAAUACACAUGAGGGGAAGAAGGAGGUGGGCCAAGUAGAACGCACCAUCUCCUUCACCGAAGCAACAAAGUAUUUUCACUUCCUAGUGGAAGAAAACGAACCUAUAAACGUCGAAAGACAGAUGAGUUGCUUCUUCUUUUCUGUGAUAGCUGAUUUGAUCAGACAGGACUACGUCGCGUUGCUAAGGGAGAGGAAAAGGGAAAAAGACGAACUUCGAUUGAAGCUUCUCGUGGAACGAAUGAGCAGGAAAAAGUCAAAAACGAAAAAGGAUUACGUGAAUGACCUAAUUCUCUACACUGCCAGUAGAAACAUUUUAAGUGCCUACUUUGGGAACAAUGAGGAUGCCAUUAUUAGUGAGCAUCUGAGAGGGGGUGAACAAAAUGUGGGUAAGAAACAGCUCACAGAGGAGAGUCGAAAAGGGGACUGCCCCAACAUUGAAGGAAGCAAAAAAAUAACCACACCUAAAAGGGGAAGCACCCACUGCAACGUAGCAACAGAGGAAGAAGCAACCCUAUGCUCCACCAUUGAGAAACAUUACCAUGUAGACUUCCUCAAGGGCAUUUUCCUAUACGUAAAAAAUAUGAUAAAUACGUAUUACAACAUUUUUGAGAAGGAAAAAAAAAGCAGCUCCGUUCAGAUGAAGAGGAAUUACUUCACAUGUUUUAUCACCCAUAGUAUAACCAUCCUGAUGAACAUAUGUUUUCUGAACGGUAACUUUAUUAGCAGCUCCUACGAAUUGGUAAAAAAUGUUAAGAAGAAUUUUUCACCUCACAUGAACACAUCUAUCAUCAUUCCUAUGGCAGAAUUUAUUUUAUUUUUUUCCUCACCAGAGGAAUUUUUCCAUGUGUCUAAUUAUCUCUAUACCCAUUUUGUAAAGGAAUUUAAAAACUACCUUCCAGCCGUAACGUUUUUUGACUUCAUCAUGAGGAAUGUUAACAUACUUCAUCAGAGGAAAUUUUUUUUUUUAAAAUUUUGCUCCAUCAUAUUGAAGACGUAUUUUUUUCACCACCAAAUUUUCAAGCAUGACUUGAUUGCCCUUUUGCCUUGCUUAAUUUACGGGAAUAAUUACAAGGACGUUUUCUACUUCCUUCUCUACGCCCCCGUUUUAGUGGACCUGGAUCAAGUGGAACGGACCGGAGAGUUGAAUUCACAAAAAGGAGGAAGCAGACUGUCUCACACGGGUAGCGAUUUGAGGGGGACCCACAAAAAAGCGGUGCUCAUUCAGGACUUAGACGGCCUCACAGUUCGGGGAGACCCGAAGAACAAACGACGCAUGCAGGACAUACGCGAAAACAUGCACAAAUAUUUCAGGGCCUACUUCGAGGCGGUACUCACCAGAGGGGGAAGUGACAGUGGGAUUGGCCGUGAAAAGGAGGGCUACCCCCCCUGGAGGGACGAACUAACAAAAGUCAUUUUGCUAAAGUUGGCUUGCCCUGAAGUUAUGGAUAUACUAAAUAAGGAGAGCAUAAAGGAGAUGCUCAGAAAUGUUAGUCACUCAGUUCGCUGCAAUCCAAGUUUGUUGAUCCUGCUGAAGGAUGAGUUUCUACAGUUAUUGAAAAAUGAAUCUUCCAUGUACUACCACUUGGUGAGUGAAAAAGUUUUACAAAUCGUAGCGGAAAAUACGAAACGUAUGGAUAUCACAUAUGACGACAUUGAAAAGUAUUACUUCACUUUGCAUUCCUUUUUCUCUGGGGGAAAUUACAAGGAGGUAAAGUUUUGGGUGUCCUUAAUUCAUGCCUUUACUAACAUAGGUAUAUAUUGCCACGACUUUUCCGAAAGUGUCUUAUGUGUCUACGCAGCAUUUCUUUCAAGAAGCGACGUAACCCUGAUGCUGAAGCAUAUCGUUAGUGAGCACGUUGGGAUAAUAAAGAACGUGUCCUACGCGAAGGGAGGGUUCUUUUCCUAG